CGCCGCUCCCCGUCGCCGCCGCCGCCGCCACCGCCGCUCCCCGCCGCCGCCGCCGCGCUGCAGGACUGGCUAUGGCCACCACUACUUCCGGGUUCCGUCACUUCAUUCUCCCGCCGAUCAGCGCCGCAAAACUGAGCCUCUUCUAUAAGGCAGCCAGCAGCCAACCUGCCAACACUUACUGACACUCACUCAUCCCGGAGAGCGAGGGAGAGCGGGAGACAAAAUACCUGCCGGGAGGAGGAGGAGGAGGGGAGGAAAAAAAAAAAAAAGGAAAGAAAAAAAAAAAAGAGAGAGCGGGGGAAGUCCGGGCUUUGCAAACUGUUCCAUUUUUCUUCGCAUCUUUCCCCACCCCCCUUCACAGUACUUCAAAAAAAAAAAAAACCAAAAAAAACAAACAACCCUAUAGCGAUCCUAAAAGGCAAAACCCGAGCGCGGAGUUACUGGAAGAAGAAACCGGGGUUAAAAAGAUUCCUCCUCUCUUCUUCAUCAUCAUCAACCAUCAUUCAUUCACUACCUUGACAUUCCCUGGCUUUGAUUGACAGCUGGAGUGGCAAAAAGCCAUGAGACACGACAGUUUGGUUACAUGUGGGUUGCUGACGGGCCGAUCGUAACCUUCAGUUUGGGGGCUUGACAAUUUUUUUUUUUUUUUUUUUUUUUUUGGCGUAGAGAAAGAAAAAAGGAAAAAGACAGAGAGAAAAGGAAAGAGAGAAACAGAGAGAAAAAAAGAAGAAAACACAGAAACUCAUCGUGGUUCUUGACUGUUUUUUAUAUAUUAUUGUUGUUAUUGUUGUUGUUGUUAUUAUUAUUUGCCCAUAUUGGAGGACAGGAGAAGUCUAUAAGUGGGUUGCGGAAAAAAAAAAAAAAAAGAAAGGAAUCUUCUUCACUCUAAAUCACUUUCUUUGCUGGACUGGGAUAUUAAAUAUACGACACAUCCAGGAGUUUAUUGGAGCGCAGACUGAUGGCGCAAAGGUACGAUGAGCUGCCCCACUACGGCGGGAUGGACGGAGUAGGGGUACCGGCGUCCAUGUACGGAGACCCCCACGCCCCCCGGCCGAUCCCCCCGGUGCACCACCUCAACCAUGGGCCGCCGCUCCACGCCGGGCAGCACUACGGCGCCCACGCCCCGCACCCCAAUGUCAUGCCGGCCACCAUGGGCUCCGCUGUCAACGACGCCCUGAAGCGGGACAAGGAUGCGAUAUACGGGCACCCGUUGUUCCCCCUCUUAGCUCUGGUCUUUGAGAAGUGCGAGCUGGCGACCUGCACGCCCCGGGAGCCCGGCGUGGCCGGCGGGGACGUCUGCUCCUCUGACUCCUUCAACGAGGACAUCGCCGUCUUCGCCAAACAGGUCCGCGCUGAAAAACCACUUUUUUCUUCAAAUCCAGAGCUGGACAAUUUGAUGAUCCAAGCAAUACAAGUACUAAGGUUUCACCUUUUGGAAUUAGAAAAGGUUCAUGAGUUGUGUGAUAAUUUCUGCCAUCGGUACAUUAGUUGUUUGAAAGGAAAAAUGCCAAUAGACCUCGUUAUUGAUGAAAGGGAUGGCAGCUCCAAAUCAGACCACGAAGAACUCUCAGGAUCUUCCACAAAUCUAGCCGAUCAUAAUCCUUCGUCUUGGAGAGACCACGAUGAUGCAACCUCAACGCACUCGGCAGGCACACCGGGGCCCUCCAGUGGGGGCCACGCUUCCCAGAGCGGAGACAACAGCAGCGAGCAAGGAGAUGGUUUAGACAACAGCGUAGCCUCACCUGGUACAGGGGAUGAUGACGACCCAGACAAGGACAAAAAACGUCAGAAGAAAAGAGGCAUUUUCCCCAAAGUAGCAACAAAUAUCAUGAGAGCGUGGCUCUUCCAGCAUCUCACACAUCCAUAUCCUUCAGAGGAGCAGAAGAAACAGUUAGCCCAAGACACAGGACUUACAAUUCUACAAGUAAACAACUGGUUUAUUAAUGCCAGAAGAAGAAUAGUACAGCCUAUGAUUGACCAGUCAAAUCGAGCAGGUUUUCUUCUUGAUCCUUCAGUGAGCCAAGGAGCAGCAUAUAGUCCAGAGGGUCAGCCGAUGGGAAGCUUUGUAUUGGAUGGUCAGCAGCACAUGGGAAUCCGGCCUGCAGGUUUGCAAGGCAUGCCAGGGGACUACGUAUCUCAGGGUGGUCCUAUGGGUAUGAGUAUGGCACAGCCAAGUUACACUCCUCCCCAGAUGACCCCACACCCUACUCAAUUAAGACAUGGACCCCCAAUCCAUUCAUAUUUGCCAAGUCACUCCCAUCACCCAGCCAUGAUGAUGCACGGAGGACCCCUUAUCCACCCUGGAAUGACCAUGUCAGCACAGAACCCCACAAUGUUAAAUUCUGUAGACCCCAGUGUUGAUGGACAGGUUAUGGACAUUCAUGCCCAAUAGUAUAAGGGAACUCAAGGGAAAAACAAAGCAAACAAACAGAAAACAAAACAAAAACUAUUUUAAGACUUUUGAACUUUGACCAGAUGUUGACACUUAAUACAGAAUUCCAGACAGCUGUGAUUAUUUUUUACUUUUUGUCAUUUUUCAUCAACAACAGAGGACCAAGAUAAACAAGAACACAAAUGUGAACUCAUGGGCUCGCUGAAAUGAACAUGUCCAUGUACAGAUCCUCUGGAAAAAAAAAAAAAAGACUCCAAGAGUUAUAACUACUGUAGUAUAAACAUAGGAACUAAGUUAACUUGUACAUUUCUGUUGAUCACUCCGUUACGUUGCCUCAAAUAGUUUUAGAAGAAAAAAAAAAAACAACCUUGUUUUCCACACUAUGUGUGUUGUUCCCAAAAGAAUGACUGUUUUGGUUCAGCAGUGAAGUCACUAUCCAUGAAAGACCUGUUUUGGCCAGUGAGAAAAGGACUGCCCUGGAGAUGAAGACAAAAAAAAGUCUUGCUGGAACUCUCAUCGCUCAGAAGACUGUUCCAAGAAGGCCUUGCCAUUCCCUCAUUUUGUUCCUUCAUAAGAUGUGUCCUUUAGUUUCAAACAGAUCUUUAUAGUUUGUGCUUCAUUAAGUCUCUCCCCAUUCCUCCCCAAUCUUUUUUAUUUUGGGUUUUGGUUUUGUUGUUGUUGGUUUUUUUGGGGGGUUGUUGGUUGGGUUGGUUUGUUUUGUUUUUUUUUUGGACUCUUCUUCAAAGAGCUCACAGGUGAAGAUUUAAAAGACAGAACAGACAGAGCAGGAGCUUCUUCCAGUAGUUCUGAGCCUUGGCUUUGGACAAAAACUAAACUGAAAGUUGGGCAGCUUUCCUCAAUGAAAGAAAUUACUAACGGUCUUGCACCAAACCUAGGACUUUAUCAUGAACUCAAAGCUUGGGAAAAAUAAAAAAAAAAAAAAAGAAAAGAAAGAAAAAAAAAGGCAAGAGAAUACUGUAACAAACUUCGUACAGAGUUCGGUCUAUUAAUUGUUUCAUGUUAGAUAUUCUAUGUGUUUACCUCAAUUGAAAAAAAAAAAAAAGAAUGUUUUUGCUAGUAUCAGAUCUGCUGUGGAAUUGGUAUUGUAUGUCCAUGAAUUCUUCCUUUCUCAGCACGUGUUCCUCACUAGAAGAAAAUGCUGUUACCUUUAAGCUUUGUCAAAAAAAAAACCCGACAAAAAAAAAAAAAAAACCCUUUACAUUAAAAUACUUGUAUGAGGACUGUGACGUUAUGUUUUAAAAAAGGAAAAAAAAAAAAAAAGAAGUGUUAAGUCACAAAAUGCGGUAAUAAAUAUUUCAUUUUUGAUUUUUUGUUAGGCUUUUGUGUUUUUAAUCACGCUUAGGAAGAGACAGGAGUUGUCCGGGAGAGAUGUCUCCGGUGCGGUUCUUAGCAGCAGCGAGAAGAGAGGUUGGAAAAAUCAGGAGCGAGCCUGUCGCCAUCGAUAGAAUGAUGGAAUGAAAGAGCAUCUGAGGAGAUUUAUUUCUGCUGGUUGUCGAUAGAAUUAUUUUUUUUAUGCCAGAUUAAACAAAAUUUGGAAUAUUGUCUCAGCAGCUUGCAUUUCAGAGGUCCGUGUCUGAUAUCUGUACUAUCUGCUAAUAACAUAGAAACUGAGUCUGACUGUAAAGGCCCAGAUUCAAGACCAGUAAGCACAUGUGUGUUGUUUAUGUGCAUCCAUCACCACCACAGACCUUGGCUCCAGCUAUUUAGCCCAGAGGUGAAGAACAGCUGUGAUGAAGGAGUAGGUUUCAAAGUUUCAAGAAGAGAAAAGAAUCUUUGACUUUAAUGAGACUUUCACCUGGAUGAGGCCUGUGUGAUGGAGUUUUUGAGAUGGGUUUAUUGCUCUUCUUGUCUUCAGUUGCUUUCAGAAUUGGAGAGGGAGAAGAUAAAAAAAACAAUAUGAGACAGAGACGAUCAAGUAACUGGAGAAAAUGUGCAUUUGACAUUUUGUGUAUAAAUAGCUGGGGCAGAAUCGUGAGUGAAGCUUUGAUUUUACUUAAACAAAUGCUUGUGGCAUUUUUAAGCAACUGAAGGACAGCCUGAGGUAGGAAGACAUGAGCAGUGUUAGAAAUAACUGCCCUCGGAGGCACAGUGAAGUCAGUGACAGCAGGAUGGGGCCCAAAGAGCAGGGUAAAGCAGCUCUGCUGCUGUUUCUGGGAGGAGAGGAAUGGGAAAGGGCUUGUAAUUACCCUAACUUUCUAGGAAAUAAACCUUACAGGCUUCAACAUCUGUAAAUUUGUAACCCUUCUCCUCCUCCUCAUUCCAACUGGCUGGGCUGUUAUUAAAAACUUUGACUGACAACUUUUACCUUUGGAAUGUGGAAAGAGGCUCGAUGUAGUUAAUGUUUCAUUUCUGAGCUGAGUAAAUGGACCCACGCUGCUGGCGACAGAAGGGAGGAUGCCAGUAGAAUGGGUGUGAGGAUUUAUUUAGCAAUCGGGUCCUUCUUCGUGGGCGUCUUUUGAAGGCAUUUGUAUGAAAUUAAAAGGAUGAUAAUUCCCAGCCUGGUUUUGAUGCUCUCUCCUGGUUAAAGCCACACCAACCCUUCAGUGGUGUUAAGAAGAGCACACUCCGAGUUCCCACUGCCAAAUUCUCUGAUUAUUGUGGGUACAGUAGGCAAGGUUGUUUGUGUUAGCACUAUUUUAAAGGGAGGCUUUUUGUCUCAGUUUUUUAAAACUCAGCAUUUCAUUCCCUUGCAGAUCUUUUCUUAACAGUUUGAGGAGAAAUGUCAGUAAACGUCCUCACGCUGGAGAGGAAAGAAUUUAGCCACAGUGGAUUAUUGCUUUUUAUAAUGAACUAAAUAUUUGCAUUGCUGUGUUGUUUUUUAUUUUCCUUCUUUCUUCCCCUCCCCCUUCCCCCUUUUCUUCUUUUUUUUUUUUUUUUCUUUUGAGCUGUGCUUUCCAUGAGAUGUGUUGCUGAAAUCCAAGGUACAAUAACGUGCAAAGAUUCCUCCAUCUGAGAUUCACUGUUUAGCAUGGAAGGUUCCGAUUUUGGUAUUUUUAAGAACUGCUCAGCUGUCAAAAGCAACCAAAACGGGAAUAAUGUUUUGACAGCGGUAUAGUGCUAAAGAAAAUACUCCAGUCUGAAUAAAAAAUGCUUAUGCUGUGGGAAACGAAGGGUAACAGAUGAAACACCUUUUGUUUACACACACACAUGUUUAUAAUCCCAAAUUUCCAUUUCUCCGAGCUGGUCUGGGCUGAGAGUUGUAGCCACCACAAACAAGGGAUUUUUCUUCCAGAUUUUGCCGCCUUAAAGGCGAAGAGAGGAGGGAAGCACACCUCCGCCGCCGCGGCCGCCCGAGCCCUGCCCGUCGCGGCGAGCGGGCACCGCCGGGCCGAAGAGAAGAUGCCGGGGGCAGCCCGACGCUCCUCCGCUUUCGCUUAUAGCCACAGAGAGAGCGAAGGAGAGAAAAUUGCCCCAGACCAGGAGGCAAAAUACUGUUUUUCGAAGACUGCGAGCCUGUUCCCUGCAUGCUGAUGUAAUCAAUUUAGGUGCGGAGAUCGCACAUCUGAGGGAGAAGGAAAUUAUUGAUUUCUCCAGAAAACGCUUCCCUGACGCAGCUCGGGAGCGGCCACCACCCAGGGCAGGUCCAGUGCUGUUCUGUUCCUACACCACCCUGCAUAACGGCCUUCACGUCCUGCUCUCCUCCAUCAGGCUUCCUGAACACACCAGGUGGACAAAAACCUUCUCAAGGCAGUGAUGCUCGGUGCUUAGGUCUCUCCAUCCUAAACAAAACCAGAGCAACCAGAUCACGAGGAGUAACUUGGUCCUAGACUGAAACUCCACUUGCUCUGUUUCUGCUGUGCAAUUCUACACAGGCCAUCCAAUUCUAGCUAUUAGAGAUUAUGUAUAACUAGGAGGAGGUCACAGGUGACUGGCAAGUUCAACCUACUUAGCUCAAUUAUCCAAGUUUCAUUUCCAAAUUGUGUUCAAUUUCAUCUUCCUGCCUCCCUCCAAAUUAUCUUAGAGGGGGAAAAAAUAUCAAAUGGAAGCAGACAAUUUAAGACAAAUCCUGUAUACCAUUAUUCAUAUGCAAAAUAAUUUUUGUGAUAUAUACUCCCCUUAAUGGUUAUGGGAUGCCAGAUCUUUCCAAGUGGAUUUACAAACCUAGCCAUCAAGUUAUUUCAAAGGCAGGCCUAUUAGGGACAAAAAUAAUUAUUAACUUUCAAAAGCUUUGUGGGGAAAAAGAAGUUUCUGAAUGUUGUCUCUUUAAAUUUUACUUAAGUUUUGCUUUUAAUUUAAGCCUUGAGGCACAGUAGAAAGAUAUGCAGAGUCUAAUAAGGAGUUUGGAAAAUAAUGUGCUGUAAUCCAGUGCCGAGCUACUUCUCCAUAAAAUAUAGAUAAGGAACCAAUUCAUAAGCAAAAAUAUCUGCUAGGACUGAGUUUUAACAUAACACUUCACUUGAGCAUUCUUAUAUGCAUUAUUAAGGAGAUAACAAAAGUGCUUCAAAUCAAGCUCUGUACAGUCACAUCUGGAAAUGCUCUUUUCUGUCUAAUUUUCAUUUUUUCCCUUGAAAAAACAUGAGAAGAAAAACUCAUCUGUCCCCCUGUAUAUCAACUGUUACCAUCAGCUUCUAAUCAGCAACAUGUAUAGUUACAGAAUACAUUCCGUGCUGCCCCUUUCAGAGAACAGUAAAAUGAGAGUAACAUCUUCAUUCACGUGUAGAAUCUGAUGUUAAAACCAAACCCGUGCACAAUGAGCACGUACAUCUCCUUAUGCAUGUGGACAGGCAUGUAGAUGGGCAGACACAAUACACUUCUACAUGGAAACAAGUCACUGUAACGUACUGGAAAACAUCAUAAAGAAGGGCCUGAGCACUUCAUUUCAUCGGAUCCUAAGUCAGAUGCCAUCAGAUAAGAAGUUUCAAAGCAGACACAGCUAAUUUCAGGAGGCAUUGGAUUUCUGGCAAGCUGUGCUGUGUGGUGUUUAACCACUUCCAGUUUUAAAAGAAGCUCUUUAGGCUUUGCAGUCAAAUAAAGUGUUACCUCUGAGCAACAAAGCAUUAAUAAACUGCCCACAGGUUGCAGAGCUGA